AUGCGGCGGCGGCAAUCGACGCUGGCUGAGCGAAUGGACGCCCAGCGUUUGCGCUACAUGGAAUUGAAGCUUCGCUCCAACAGAGACAGCAUCGCGCAGUUGCGUUGUCCGAACAACGCUGACAAAGCGAGACCUCUCGAGAACGAAGCGCCAUCGUGCCACCUCCACUUGGAACUCCCCAUGGAAGUCCAAAACUACCUUGCCUCCCUUGGACUUCGCUUUGAGUCCAUCACGACGGAUGAAGCCCUCAGUCGAGCCGUCUCUGCGCUCGCAGUGCGCCUCUACAAGACCGACCUCGCCCUGGAACAAUCCAUCCUUGCUUCAACACCACACGCAUCCAUGUAA